AUGGCGGACACGGAAGAUAAGCGCGAAGAUGAGAACCUCGACCGGCAGCCGGAGGACGAGGACAUUGGAGAUGAGGAGGAGAUUGCAGCGAUGAAGAAGCGUGUGGAGGAGAUGGAAGCAGAAGCAGCCAAGCUACGCGAGAUGCAAGCGAGCAUAGAUUCGCAGUCGGACAACCUACGCGAGAGCAAGGAGGACAUCGACGCGCGCAGUAUCUUCGUGGGCAACGUCGACUACGGUGCCAGCCCCGAGGAGAUUCAGGCACACUUUCAGAGUGUGGGCUCCAUCAACCGCGUCACUAUCCUGCUCGACAAGUUUACAGGACACCCGAAGGGCUACGCUUACGUAGAGUUCUCCGAGCCUCAGCUGGUCACGCAAGCUCUGGUCUUGAAUGAGAGCCAGUUCCGUGGUCGCAACAUCAAGGUAUGCAUAUCGCAGGCUUCAUCAGAAGAGACGCAUAGCUAAGCGUGAGUACAGGUCGUUCCCAAGCGUACGAACCUUCCAGGCAUGACGCGUGGACGAGGUCGAGGCGGCGGAGGCGGCCCCCGCGGUGGGCGUGGAGGCUUCGGAGGAGGCUUCGGCGGACCACCUCCCAUGUACGGCGGUCGUGGAGGACACGGCGGACCACCAUACCCGCCUCGCGGAGGAGGAUACCGUGGAGGAUACCGACCAAGAGGGCGCGGUUACAACCCAUACUGA